AUGGGCGAGAUUGCUAGCAACGAGCGGUCAGAGCCUGGCACCGCCUUGAAAGCUAAACCUGAAGCCGGUGAUGUUGAGGGUUCAAGUUCCGAAGUCGCUCGGACGAAUCCCUCAAGUUCAACAGUUAAAUCCAUACUUUUACCAGACCCGCAAAACCUCUUGUUGCUGCUCAUCGCCUUUCGGCUGCUGAACGCUUUGUCUGUGCAGACAUUCUUCCAGCCAGAUGAGUACUUUCAGGCCCUAGAACCAGCUUGGAGACUAGCAUUUGGAGCCGACGCUGGCGCGUGGAUUACUUGGGAAUGGAAAAGUCAUCUACGUUCGGCCAUACACCCGACCAUCUUUGCAUCAUGUUACAGAGUGGCUCAUGAGGUAGCCCGGUUGUUCAAGCUCGAAGACCAUGCUCGGGCAGAGCUGCUCCUCGCUGCCCCUAAGACGCUGCAAGCUAUAUUCGCUGCCCUUACAGACUUCUACACCUGGAAACUCGCUUCUUAUGUAUACGGAGGAGCCGAGUCACAUGCGGCUAUAGCGACGCUUGUGUUGACUGUGGUCAGUCCGUGGCAAUGGUUCUGUUCGACGCGAACAUUUUCGAACUCGUUGGAGACGACUUUGACUGUUGUUGCGUUGUAUCAUUGGCCGUGGCAUCGGAUGUCAAGGUCGGCGCAUGAGCGUCUGCGCGAAGUCGAAACGGACGGCGUGCAGAAAAGAGACCAUGGCCACGUUGUCGACGGCAGCAGCAAGUCGGGCGAGGAAGUAACCAGCCUAAGACGUGCUCUGCUCUGUGCUGCAUUGGCGACGGUCCUCCGACCCACCAAUAUUUUGAUCUGGAUGAUCAUUACAGCGCAGACUUUUCUUCAACAAGGAAGGAGGACAUUUAUCGGGCCCAAAUUCCUCGUGUUUAUCAGAGAGGCGGUCCUCUGUGGCGGUCUCGUUCUCGUCGUCUCAGGGAUAAUCGAUCGAUUUUUCUAUGGUGCAUGGGUGUUUCCACCAUCCAACUUUCUCCAUGUCAAUGUCGUCCAGUCACUGGCAACUUUUUAUGGGAGUAAUGAUUGGCAUUACUAUAUCUCGCAGGGAUAUCCUCUUCUUCUGACGACUGCAUUGCCGUUUACUGUGGUUGGAAUCUAUCGCAGUUUUACAAAACGUGGGCCAGCAGACGUUGUUCUUGCAGCCAGCCAAGAUGGGUCAUCGCCAACAAUGCCCUCCGAUCGGACUGCCUGGAAUGUACUACGCUCAUUGUCCGUUGUCUCGCUAUUGGUCCCGGCCUUCUUCUCGAACAUCGCGCACAAAGAAGUCCGCUUCAUCUACCCUCUGCUCCCGGCUCUGCAUGUAAUCACGGGUCUUCCGCUGGCGUCUUUUUUCCUAUCGUCACCAGACCAGAACACCUCCAACACCUCUAGAACAGCAGCAGCAGCAGCUCGGGGGUUAGUUGUCAAGAACAAGCCUUUGCUUUUGCUAAUUGUGUUUCUGAAUUUCUGUGUUGCAUACUAUACCACGCAGGUCCACAAUUCAGGCGUUAUCCAAGUCAUGCACCAUUUACGACAUGAAUUCGAGACGGGGUAUCUGCGUCAUCGACAUCCGUGGGCAGGUCAAGCUCAAGUUCAAUCUCAAGGUCGAGCUCAAGCUUUAUCAUCAGAUUCCGCCGGAGCAGAUACAGACACAGAAGCUGGAGGACCAGGUAUCAGAGGCAGUGUCAACAACAUGACAAUCGGCUUCCUCAUGCCCUGCCACUCAACCUCCUGGCGCUCUCACCUCCAAUACCCUCCCUCGUCCACCCAACCCGGCAUUCAAGCUUGGGCACUGACAUGCGACCCACCACUCGAUUUGACGCCGGAAGAACGCGAAAACUAUCUCGAUGAAGCGGACCAGUUUUAUGAGAAUCCGGGCGUUUGGCUGAAGAAGAAUAUGUCAAGACGACGGCCGGUGCGGUUGAACCCCAAGGAUGGUGCUGCCCCUGCUGCUCCUAUCGUCACCACCCCAGACCCCCGCCUUCAGCGAUCAUUAUUCAAAAUCGAUCACGAUAAAGAAGAUGAAGAAGAAUCCCAGUCAUGGUGGUCAUGGUGGUCAUCCCACAUCUCAGGGAACGACAUUGGUAACAAUGCGCCGCAAACUGGAAGAGGAACACGUCGACCUUGGCCAGAUUACCUCGUUUUCUUCGCGCAAUUGGAACCGACUCUUACUGCCUCUCUGCGCGGCAGUGGGUACGGUGAAUGUGCGAGGUUUUUUAACAGUCGUUGGCAUGAUGAUUGGCGGAGGACAGGAGAUGUGGUGGUUUGGUGUUUGAAUCCGAAUGUUGAUCCUACUAGUAGUACUAGUGCAGCAGUACUGGUAGGUGGAAAGGGAACUGGAACGGCCGGGGGAGAAGAACAGGAACAGGAACAGGAAAAGUCCAUGAAAUUAUUAUCGUCGUCAUCCUCACGCGUGCCGGUGACUAGGAGGGUGGUGGAAAAGCCGUUUUGGAAAGUGAGGGAGCCGGAGUCGGAGCCUGAGACCGGGGUUGGACAGCGGUGA